AUGGCAGAUCUGUUGAGCUCUAAAGCCAUGAAUUCGUCGUCCGAAACGACGGCCGGAAGUCGCGGACAUAAUGCCCUUCAAAGACGCGCACAACAACUCAAACGAUGGAAAGAGUGGGCCGACAGUGACGCCAGUUCCGCCGCAAAGACGAGAACGCCGACGAGAGUCCAGUUCUCGGCGGCGACGCUCUUCCUAUCGGCCGUCGCCCAGAACGACGUCUCGGAAUGCGAACGCCUUUUGUCUCGUGUUUCGGUGAAUGUGACCUCUGGUGACGGUUUGACUGCUUUGCAUCAAAUGGCAAUUGACGACAAUUCAGAAAUGGUUAAUUGGCUUCUAAUCAAAGGCGCAGAUGUCAACGCAAGAGAUAAUGAAGGCUGGACUCCAUUACACGCCUCUUCAAGUUGUGGUCACGCAGAAGUGGUUCGUCUUUUGGUCGCUCAUCCAGACAUCGAUGUCUUUGCUUUGACUUCCGACGGCGAAUUGGCCAGAGAUGUGGCCGACGGAGAGACGUGUUUACAGGAAAUUGAAAGAACAAUGCGUCGUUCAGCCGACGUCCCGAACGACGACUCGGACGACGCCUUUUCCGACGAUUGGUUGCAACGAAUUCGUGGAUCAGAAUUGCGUGCUAUUGAGGCCGAUGUCGACCAAUUUCUGCGCAGAUUUCCCGUUCCAACGGCGGCUCAGAUCGAUGUCUGGCUCGAAGAGACCCGAGAUGUCAACUCAAACGCCAGUAUUUUACACGUUUGCGCCGCAAAAGGAUAUAUAGAUGUUUUGGAACGCGUUUUGACUGUUGUUUUGAACGCAGAGUCGACGGCAUUAUUGGACUCAUUAUUAGAUUCGGAUGGAUUCACGUGUUUACAUUCGGCCGCUUUCUGGCAACAAACGCGUGCCGUCGAAGUGUUGUUGCGUUUUGGCGCGAAUUUCGAAUUGAAAACUCGAGAUUUGCGAGAAAUCGCGGAUUUAUGUCACGACAAUCCCGCAGUUCUAGAACUCGUUUCGGAAACUCGAAGACAACGUCAAGAAGAUAUCAAAGCAUCAAAAGCUUCGGAAACUCAACGAAAACUUAAUGCCAAACGACAACGUGAAACCAGACGUCCAACUCAAGGUGUGUCGCGUGAAGACGUCGAAGCAGCGCUUAAACACAACGCCACAGUCGUGAACGCCGACUCCGCACCCGUCGUAUUGAUGUCCGAAUCGGAUCCGUCUUCACCGCCACCGCCUCCCGUACCCGCCUCAUCGCCACCGGACGCCUUAUUGUCGGGUAUUGUGCCUCACGCCAGACGUCGUGCAAAACGUCGUUCGACGGGAAUUGAAGAUAAUUGUGACGCAACAGAAGCGCCCUCUUUUGGAAACGAUUGCGUCGACUCUCGAAACACGCCUUCGUCGACGCCUCAGACGACGCGAUCUCGUUCGUCGUCCCGAUCGUCCAUUCAGACGACACCGGACGACACGGAGACGACGGAUGGAAAGCGAAGUAUAGAAAAGGACGACAACAAGGAUUACAAAACUUUAUACAAAGAAUUACUUAAAGAAAACGAGUUUUUGUUGAAAAAAAUCAAAGACUGGGAAACGAAUCGCAAAACAGACAAAGAAUUGGCAGAAAAAAGACAACUUUUGCGUCGUAUCGCAGAACUGGAGGAAGAGAUUAAGACAAAGGAGGAGUUGUUACGUGAAAACGUUCGGCUGAAAGACGAAAACGCAGCGCUCAUUCGUGUCAUUUCGAAGCUCUCCAAAUGA